AUGAUUACUGUUUUUGCUGUAUCUCUCAGGUGUGCCGUUACUUGUGUCCAUGGCUAUUGUUCAGAUGCUCCAGAUUUUAAAUGCAUAUGUGAUCUAGGGUGGACAGGAGAAGACUGCAGUAUAAACUGUGGAUGUAACAACCACAGUACAUGCAGUAAAGGUAUUGGAAAAUGUGAUAAAUGCCAAGAUAGGACUGAAGGCAAGUUCUGUGAAAAAUGCAGCUCUGCAAGUUAUGGUGAUGCAACCAGUCCAAGUGGAUGCCAGAAAUGUAACUGUAAUGGCCAUGGUGAUAAGGAACUGGGAUACUGCAAUUCUACUACAGGUUUAUGUUUUUGUUUGGAUAAUACAAUUGGUCCUAAAUGUGAAAAAUGCAAAGAUGGUCACUAUGGAAACCCAAGGAAUGGUGGUGAAUGUUUUGAAGAAUGUCAUCCUAGAAAAGUGAUCACAAAUGCAUUUAAAGGGAAAUUUGGUAGUCCAUCAUUUUCUUACCCUUCACAAGAUUGUCUUUGGCUUUUAACUGUCCACUCUGUCAUCGACAUGAAAUCACUCUUAGGUCCCAUGCAAAGCACAGGAAGUUUUCUGCAAGUAACCAUAUAUAAAGACAUAAAUGUACCUUGUCCACACAAUCACAUAUAUGUGUAUGAUGGUCUUCCUAAUUUUGUGGCAUCUGGACACCCAAAUAUUCUUCUUGGUGCAUAUUGUGGCUCUAAUCUAAGUGAGCCUAUCAUAGCUACUGCAUCCUCUGGCUAUCUUACCAUCCAUUUCAAACGAGAUAAAUUAGCCCAUGGGUUCAAUGCUUCAUAUGCUAGAGUUCACAAAAAUAUCACAUCUUCCAGUCAAGAACUUUGUAACAGUACUUUGUCGGUUUCUGCAAAUGGCACAUCUUGCAUAUCUGCCAGCUGCCCUAAUAAUUGUUCCAGCUCAAAUCAAGGAAAAUGUGUUAAGAUGUAUGGUAUAUGUGUUUGUACAAAUGGCUUUGGAGGAAAUGACUGUUCAAUUAAGUCAUCAGUGCAUCAUUUAGUAUGGUCUACCAUGUACAUCUACCAACAAACUAUUCGAAAUGAUUCAAUCAUCCAUUUGCCUUCAGGAAGGAUAGGGCAUUCUUUAAUAGCAUUGAAAGAUGUGCACUCUGAACAUCUGUUGCUCUUUGGAGGAUAUUCUUCAAAUUUUGGAUGUUUAAAUGAUCUUUUUAUUUAUAACACAUCUAGCCACUUAUGGAUGGAAAUUGUUACUGACUAUAAUCCCCCACCCCGUCACUUUCAUGCAUCUGCUGCAUGCAAUAAUUCCCUUUACAUAUAUGGUGGAUUAGAUGAGCAUGAUGUACUUAGAGACUUUUGGGAGUUUGAUACAUUGAAUGAAGUUUGGAUUCAGCUUCCAGAGAUUUCAACAUCUGCAGGUGUAUUAUCAAUGGCUGGCUCUACACUGACUACAGUAAAUAAUGAUCGAAUUUUAUUAAUUGGUGGAUUUUCCGCAUUGUAUGGUUUUUUUGAGAAAGUAAUGGAAUUUAAUAUUGAAGACAGAGAGUGGUAUGUCAUCAAUUCAACUGGUGCUCAACCAAUAGGUCUGUAUGGUCAUACUAGUGUCUAUCACCCGAACACUGAAAGCAUAUAUAUAUUUGGAGGAAUUUCAUAUGAAAUAGAGCAUGUAGCACCCAGUAGCUUUCUUUAUGCAUUUCAUUAUCCAUCCAGGCAGUGGUUUCGAUUGCCUCCAGCUAAUAAAGUGAAUAACUUAGGAAGUCCUUUGCCUAGGUACUUUCACAGCUCUGUAGUGACUGAAAACUACAUGAUAAUAAUUGGUGGUCGUAGCUCUGCAAGCUUAGAAGAAUCAUCACAGCCUUUUGCUUAUGUAUUUGCUUGUAACUUAUGGAUUCCAUUAACAGAUGAAGCUAUUGAAGUCAUUGGAAACUGGCCAAAGCCAUUUGUAGCAGCUGGAGCUACAGUUGCAAAUGGUGAUAUUUAUUUUUAUGGAGGCUAUGAUGGUCAACUUUUAAAACUUUCCCUGCCUUUAGACAUAUGUCGCUUAUUUUCUGCUAAUCGUGUUGGUUGUGUUCAGCAGACAGGAUGUGCUUUUUGCUCUGUCAUUGAAAAUGGAGCUAAUCAAACAUUCUGUUUUUCUCAAGAUCAACAAGAUCAAAAUAGAUGUUACAAUCCCAAAGAAUCGGCGACAUUUUUGCAGUCUUUAUCAUGUAAUAAAGAACUGGUGGAGAAACGUAACUGUCAUCACUUUACAUCGUGCACAGAUUGUGUAACUUCAUGGCCAUUUCACAAAAAUGCUAAACAAGUUUGUCAGUGGUGUUCCAAUUGUCGAACUGGGCGCUGUAUACCUGCUGGAUCUUCAUGUGAUGAUGAAAAUGACUGUAAUAUUCCUAGAAAAGUAAUUGAAGAACCUUCUUUUUGUCCAUUAAGAGUGUGCGGAGCAUCUGAUUGUCAAAAAUGUGGAGCUCUUCAAAGCUGUAUUUGGACAAGACAAGCUCAACGCUCAAGUGGCUUUGGUCAUACAUUAAACCAGAAACCUAUAUUCAAUUGGGUCUGUGUAAUUGAAGAAAUUCAAGCUGCACCAUCUUUCUCCAUUGAUUCAAUGCCUCCGCUUGAAUGUCCCGGCAGCUGUAGUCAGUACUCAGAUUGUGCUUCCUGCCUUCAAAGUCAAGGAGGUGAAGGUGGCUGGCAUCAAUGUUUUUGGAGUGAAGUGCUUCAGAGUUGUAUGUCUCCAACUUUUGAAUUGCUGAAAUGUGAAGAUGGGUCUUGUGGACCUGUGUUACAUGGUAAUGAAUCAGUUUGCCCAGUUCCCUGUUGGCAGCAUUUCCAGGCAUCACAUUGCUUGUCACAGGCAAAUUGUGGUUGGUGUGCAUUUUCCGGGCCUGUAGUGGAUGGACGAGGUCUGUGCAUGGAGGGUGGAAUUAUGGGACCUAUAGGGGGAAUAUGUCGAGAGAAUCAAGUUCUCCUCCUUGGUCUUCCUUUACCAAGUCAAACUUUUAAAUGGUUUCAGUUGUCUGAAGGUCCCCCAACUUGGACAUAUUUAUCAAAACCUCCUGAAAAUGAAUGUAAAAAUGGGCAUCAUAAUUGUGAUGAUGCUCAUGAAGUAUGUGUAGAUACACCAGAUGGAUUUGAAUGCCCUUGUAAACCUGGAUAUAGAAUGAAAGGGGAACGUUGUACACCAACUUGCAAGCAAGGCUGUGUAAAUGGAACAUGCAUUCAACCUGAUGUGUGUCAGUGUAACUUUGGAUAUGUUGGUGCAAACUGUUCUAUAAUGUGCAAAUGUAAUGGUCAUAGCCAUUGCCCUGGACCUGAUAGUCUGGACCUUUGUUUAGAAUGCAAAAACAAUACUUUUGGUGAACAUUGUCAAAAAUGUAAGCCGUUGUUUGUGGGAAAUCCAGUAAAUGGAGGAAGUUGCAUUUCUUGCCAUGAAUAUUGUUACACACAUAGUUCAGUUUGUUUCCCUUCAGAUUUUAUGAAUGGUACUGCAAACUUAUCAUUUAAUCAAAGUCAGAUUAAUGAGUUACUUGAGAAACUCGUAGAAGGACCAUUGGAAGAUGCUGUCUGUAUUGACUGCAAAAACAAUACUGAAGGCAGAAGAUGCGAUCAAUGCAUAUCUGGUUUUUUCAAAGCAGGAGAACGUCUUGAAGAUGGGUGUCGUCCAUGUGAAUGCCAUGGACAUGGGGAUUCAUGUAACCCCUUAAAUGGAGAGAAUUGUAAUUGCCAAAAUAAUACAGAAACUGAUCGGCAGUGUUCUCAGAAGAAUAUGAAGAGUAUUAUGCAUAUGACACCUUGCUGGCAGUUACAGUGUUCUAAAUGCAAAGAUACAUUUCUUGGUGCCCCUUCACAUGGCCAUCAAUGUUAUCGCCAUAUGUAUUUAGAUAGAGAGUACUGCUUCGAUCCUGAUACUCAAU